ACCAACCUCCUGUUUUCUCUCCUGUUGCAGUGGCUGCCCCGUCUGACAGACUUCCAGAGGAAGGGAACUCUCUGGGGCUUCGUGCCCCCCAGACCACCACCUCCUGCUGGGGAGCUCCACGACCCCAUCACCCUGCACCUGGGAGACUACAACAUGGAUGACUUCCCUGACGCCCUGGUCAUCCUGCGCAACACCAGCGGGAGUGGUCAGCAGGCCUUCCUCCUGGAGAAUGUUCCGUGUAACAACGCCAGCUGUAAGGAUGUGGGCCGCAUGUUCCGUGUCCACUGGGACCAGUCUGACCUGGGGGCCAUCCCCGGGGCCGCCGUCGCCACCUUCUUCGACAUCUAUGAGGAUGGAAUAUUAGAUAUGAUCGUGCUCAGCAAAGAAGAGGGGAAAGAGGGCUUCGUCAUCCACGCUUUGAAGAACAACUUUGAAGCCGACGCGUACUUUGUCAAAGUGAUUGUGCUCAGUGGACUCUGUUCUAACGACUGCCCGGGAAACGUCAAGCCAUUUGGUGUGAACCAGCCUGGACCAUACGUCAGCUACACUACUGUGGACUCCAACGGCUACCUGAAGAAUGCCUCAGCCGGCCAGCUGAGCCAGUCGGCCCACCUCUCCCUGCAGCUGCCUUACACCGUCCUGGGGCUGGGGCGCAGCGCCAACUUCCUGGACCACCUGUACGUGGGUAUCCCCCGGCCCCUCGGGGACAAGGACGUGAGGAAGCAGGAGUGGACAGCCAUCAUCCCCAACUCUCAGCUCAUAGUCAUUCCAUACCCACACAACGAGCCCCGCAGUUGGAGUGCAAAGUUGUAUCUGACCCCCAGUAACAUAGUCCUACUGACCGCCAUCGCUCUGAUCGGCGUGUGUGUUUUCAUCCUGGUCAUCAUUGGCAUCCUCCACUGGCAGGAGAAGAAAGCGGACGACCGGGAGAAGCGACAGGAAGCACACCGGUUCCAUUUUGAUGCCAUGUGAAGGAGCACAGGAAGAGAUGGACCAUGGGAAACAGUCAUGCCUGCUUUCUGUUUUAUUUCAGUUUGCUGGUCUAUGGAAUUGUUUAUUUAUUUGAUCCCCUCAGCCUCUUGAGGAUGAGCCAUUUAAAGUGUUUAGAUAUCCAUUAGACAUCAUCAAAUGUAAAAGAGACAGACAGGUUACUUCUCUUGCACAGAUUUGGUUGGAAUUUGAACGUGUUCUUUUUUAUUCACAUUUCCUUAUACAUUUCAAGGGCCAAAAUGAUGGAAGAACCCAAAUCUAAACAGGACUACUGAGUGAAAUGACACUUAGUGAUAUCCCAGGGGAUUUUUUCAUUCAAUGGUUUGGCUCAGCUCAUUAUGUAUGGAUGGCAAAUGGGCACUAACUGUUUACGUCAUGAAUUCGUAAUAAUGUUUAAAUGUUCAAUCCAAGUCGUCCUAAUCUGCAAAACACAUUACAGAUUUGUUUGUUUUGGGGGAAGCAUUGCUAUUGUAAUGUUACUUGAAGUCUUAUGUAUGUCCAGUCAUCCAUUGUCUUCCUGUAUGCCUUCUGUAUGUCAGUCUGUAAAGGUUAUUGUUUUCCAUGGACUGCUAUAGUGAGAUCUUACACAUAGAGUCCACUGACCCAAACAGGGUACUUACACUGGAUGCAUCCAUUGUUCUCUACUGUAUAUAAUGUGCAUAGUACAUGGUCCAUAAUGUGUCAAGUUCAUUAUGUACUUUUCCCGUCCUUAUUCCCAAAUACCUGACACAAUGUCCUAUCCUUGGUUGACAGCUCCCACUCUACACUGCUCUCACUCACAGUGGUAGUGGAAUGGCCUGUGCUACUGACCCCUCUGGUUUAGUCAUGUCCUUAGCUUUUUAGAUACGUUUUUCUCACUCUUAAUAAUCUUGUUCGUCUCACAUGAUAAACAUGGUGUGUUUUUGGAAUGCCAAACACUUGAUUAUGUGUUCAUGAAAAACUUCAACUUACAAGGGGAAAUAGUUUUGGUCUUUAACCUACAGAAAGUGCAAUCAUCCUUAUCACCAAUGUCAAAGCCUCUUCUAUUAAUUAUUUUAUUUCAUUUUGAAUUAACGUGGGGCACCGUAUUAUUGGAUGGUACUGGUCUAACAUCCAAAUAUUUAUUUUGCUAUCAUCUCAUGUCUGUGGUUUGAACUUUUUUUAUACUAAUGAUUAAUAGUGAUAAGUAAUUGAUUUUAUUUUUGUGAUUGUGCAUGUAAUCGAAAAUGUUCAACUGAAUCAUAAUUUCUGUUGAAUGUUUAUGGGAUGAUGGGUUUAAAAUUAAAGUGUUUAUCAUGCUUAAUUCAUGGUGGUUCUUACUUGUUUUGAAUUCAUUUAAAUGUAUUUCUGUCUCACUUUUGCCUUCCAUUUCAUAGACUGGCAUGGCCAUCAGAAAAAGUAAAUUCUCCUAGUGAGCUGAUGACUCAAGAAACGAUUGGAAGUGACAACUUGGCAUAGCCUACGGUUUUGAGUUCUUUUUAGCUCAUGCAGCAUAAUGUAUUGCAAUCUGGCACUUAUGGUAAAAUGGUAGUCUAAUAAAAUGGUAGCCAUAAUUUAAAUAGCAGUUGAUGUUUUACUGUCUGUUGAUAUUUUUCAACGAUUGUCUUUUGGCAACAACUUACUGAGUAAAGAUUAUCCUGAUUGUAUGCUG